AGUAUGUGAGUGGCAGUGGUAAGGUAUUUGUUCCUGGGCUGAACCAAAGCAUAGAAUCAAAGACCUCCUUUUGGAUCUCUCAGUUUUCCUUUUCCCCCUCCCUCUCCUCUCUUUCUUGUGGAUAUUAUGGCUAAUAAGACAACUUCUUUAGGAAGCCCAUGGCCGGAAAAUUUCUGGGAUGAUCUUAUAAUGUCCUUCACAGUAUCCAUGGCCAUUGGGCUUGUCAUCGGAGGUAUCAUCUGGGCAUUGCUUGUCUGUCUGUCCAGACGAAGAGCCAGCGCCUCCAUCUCCCGAUGGAGUUCAAGUCGUCGUUCCAGACCUUAUUCCCAUAGUCUCAACAGGACUGGAUUUUAUCGGCACAGUGGCUGUGAACGUCGCAGCAACCUCAGCUUGGCCAGCCUAACCUUCCAGCGACAAGCUUCCCUGGAACAAGCUAAUUCCUUUCCUAGAAAAUCAAGUUUCCGGGCCUCUACUUUCCACCCUUUCUUACAGUGUCCUCCAUUACCUGUGGAAACUGACAGUCAACUAAUGACUCUUCCUUCCACCAAUACCUCCGCCAUCAUCAAUGCCACACACAGUUUGAGCCGCCCAGACUUUCAUUGGUCUAAUAAUAGCCUUCGUGUUGGCCUUUCAACACAAACUCCUCCACCAGCUUAUGAGUCUAUUAUAAAGGCAUUCCCAGAUUCUUGAAUAGAGGAUUAUCUGUGCUUUCUUUUUUGUAAGACAUAAUCACAAAUAAAUUAAAUAAAUUUUGUGGAAGGGGGUAUAGUCAAGAUGAUUAGAGGGUCCCCAGGACUGUGUUAUUCUGGUAAUGUUGGAAAUUAAUGCACUGUUUGGUUUGUUCCAAAGAAAGUGCCUAUGUGCCACAAAAACUUCAUGUUCUACCAUAUAUGUAAUGUUAUAUUCCUGUAUUAUAAAGCUUUUAGAAUAGAGUAAAGGGUUUGCUGAAAUAUUA